AUGAUUGACUACAGUCAUGAGGCAGCAGAAUAUGAGAGAAAACUUAUUCAGGUUGCUGAAAUGCAUGGGGAACUAAUGGAAUUUAAUGAACUACUUCACCGGCAAAUCCUAGCUAAAGAUGUUUUACUGCGGCAGCUAAGAGAGGAGCUGGUUGUUUUAAGGGGACCUCUACCAUACGAACGCCAAGCCUCCAGUGACUCUGGCCAUGACAUGGAGAGUAUAUCUCUCCAGCGGCCUCUUAUCAACAUAUGGAUUCCAUCUGCAUUCCUUAGAGGAACAGCAAAUAAUACUCAUCAUGUUUAUCAGGUCUAUGUCCGCAUUCGAGAUGAGGAAUGGAAUGUCUACAGACGUUACAGUCAGUUCCUUGAUACUCAUUUGAGGCUUAAGAAAGUGUAUCCAAUUGUGGGAAAGUUUGAUUUUCCACCAAAAAAGGCCAUUGGCAAAAAGGAAGCCAAGUUAGUGGAAUCUAGGCGGCAGAUGUUCCAGACUUACCUGCGAAAUGUAAUCAAUUUGAUGAUGGAAAAAAGUCAACAUAUGGCAGCUAAUGUCAGCAAAGAUAUGCUUAUUUCAUACUUACCAUUCUUCAAUGACAAGCUAGAGGAACUGGGUAAGAGAGGAAAGAAAGGAUCACGGACCUCUGCAGCUACAGUACCUAUGUCGGUCCCAGAAGGUGCCGUAGGUGGAGAUACUGUGCAAGCACCGAAUGAAGGACACUACCAAGGAUUGUAG